GUCAGUUGGGGGGACGCUUUCAGUCGGUUGGCAGGGCGCGUCCAGUCCGUUGCGAGGGCUUGGAGAGCGGCGCCAUGGCUCCGCGGGGCCGGCGGCGGCGGCGGCGGCGGCGGGCGCGGCCUCCCAAUCCUGAAGGUGCAAGACAGUCAAAGAACACAUUAGAAAGAACACAUUCCAUGAAAGAUAAAGCUGGUCAAAAGUGCAAGUCUGUUGAUGUGUUUGAUUUUCCUGAUAAUUCUGAUGUCUCAAGCGUUGGCAGGCCAGGUGAAAAUGAGAAAGAUGAAGAACCUAAUGAGACCUUUGAUCCUCCUUUACACAGCACAGCUAUAUAUGCUGAUGAGGAAGAAUUCUCCAAACAUUGUGGCUUAUCUAUUCCUUCAACUUCUCCAGGAAAAGAAGCAAAAAGAAGUUCUGACACUUCUGGAAAUGAAACAAGUGAAAACGAAUCUGUGAAAAUUAGUGCAAAAAAGUCAGGAAGAAAGCUCAAGCCCAUUAGUGAUGACUCUGAAAGCACUGAAGGAAUUGAUGUAAGAAGAAAAGUUAAAUCAGCAGAGAAAAUAAGUACACAGCGACAUGAGGCUGUUCCAACUACAGCAUCUUCAGAUCUUUUAGAGAAGCCAAUUGAGUCGGUCACUUUUAGAAAGAUAGGACCCCGUAGUGCCCAGCCUUCUGUUGAAAAAGAGAACUUGGCAAUAGAAAGUCAAUUGAAAACUCAGAAAAAAGGGAAGAUGUCUUAUGACAAAAGGAAGAAAUCAGGAAGUGAAGCCAUAGAUUCAGAUACUUCCAACACUGUGCAUAUGUGUCUAGACGGAAAGAAAGCCAGUGACAUCAUGGAGAUGAAUGCUGUUUUGCCUGAAUUUGGUAAAGUCCACCAAGAGUAUGCAAAAAGAAUAGAAUCUAAAAUUUGUAAGGCAGCCAUGGACACAUUUUAUUACAAUGUUAAAGAACAAAUCACCAAAUUGCUUAAAGAAAGCCAGAUGUUGAGAAGUCUGAAAAGGAAGAAUGCUAAGAUGAUUUCAGAUAUCGAAAAGAAAAGGCAGCGUAUGAUUGAAGUCCAGGAUGAACUGCUUCGGAUGGAGCCACAGCUGAAAAAACUACAAACCAAAUAUGAUGAACUUAAAGAGAGAAAGUCUUCCCUUGGGCAUGCAGCAUAUUUCUUAUCUAAUUUAAAACAGCUCUAUCAAGAUUAUUCAGAUGUUCAAGCGAAAGAACCAAAUGUAAAGGAAAUGUAUGAUUCAUCCAGCCUUCCAGCUCUGUUAUUUAAAGCAAGAACACUUUUGGGAGCUGAAAGCCAUCUGCAAAAUAUCAACCAUCAGUUAGAGAAGCUCCUUGACCAGGAAUGAGAAGAGCAGUCUACUAAAAUGUGUCUAUAGGAAGACUAGUCUCAUGCUGUUACCUUCUGAAACUGUACUUUAUUAAAUAAAUAGUUUUGCAAAGCAGUUAAGGCCUACGUACCAGAAUCUAAAAUUUGUUAUUCAAAUUAAAUGGUUGUGAACAAUGUUAAAUGGCAUCAAUAGUUUUAGAGGCCAUAAUCUUUUCUGGUUAAUAUCUUCAGUAAUUUUAAAAUGUUGAUACCUUGUCUAAUCAGCCCCAGAUAUAAAAAAUUAAGUUGAUGUGAA